AAUGGCUGCCUGGGAAAUAGGGAAUAAUUUCUCUCGGCUCUGAGCACAAUUUCUUAAUGUUGAGCAUGCAGUGGUGCGUUUAGCAGAGAACCACAAUGUUUAAAAAGGCGAAACGAGCCAAUUUCCGACGGCGGAAUGAGUCCGACGAAGACGAGCAGCAGCAGCAGGAUGAGGGUCUGCAGCCGCCGCUGGCGCCGACAUCGUUCGGGCCUGUCGUGGAAGAAAUCCCGUUUAUGGAGACGUCUAGCCACAGCGUUAGCGGAGCAGCUGGCAGUACAGAUAAUCACCAAAGCAAUGGUUUUCAGGCUAAUGUCAACAGUCUGAAAGCUGUCAAGAAAGAAAAGAAAGCCAAAGAUACGGCUGUGGUGCCAGGACCCACGAAAGCCAGUUUGCUGAGUUUCGACGAUGAAGAAGAAGGAUCCGAGGUGUUCAGAGUGAAGAAAUCCAAUCAUAGCAAGAAGAUUGUCAAACAGCUGAAGAGGGAGUACAAGGAGGAUUUGGAGAAGUCUGGCGUCGUCAAGCAGGAAAUCAGAUCAGAUGCUCCACCUCAACCUUUGGUUGCCAUCAAAGAGGAAGUUAACAGCAGAGCGGGUAGUGAACAGGGUGAGGAAGAAAUGGAGGUGGACAGUGCUGAUGAGCAGGAGGAAGAGGCGAAGAGUCAAGGUGGCCAGGCACAUAGUCAAGUCUCCAGGAGCAACAACACUGGAGCCACCUUCAACACGCUUUCCUCCCUCAGCUCCCUGAGACCAGGGGAGAUCCCUGAUGCUGCAUUCAUCCAUGCUGCCAGAAAGCGACGACAACUGGCUCGAGAGCAGGGGGGUGAAGCCCCUCUGGUGGAGACAGAAACCCCUAAGAAACGACUGGUACGAGAGGACCAAGAUGCCAGCGAUGAUGAAGAUGAGGAAGAGAAGAGGAUACGCUUCAGUGGAGUCAGGAACAAAAGCCAGAGGCAAAAGAUAGCUGAGGAGAUAGGUAUCGAGGGGAGUGAUGACGAGGCACUGGAUACAGGUCAGGAUGAAGAGGUGAGCCGUUGGGAGCAGGAGCAGAUUCGGAAAGGAAUCAGCAUACCACAGGUCCAAAGCAACCAGCCAGAGGACAACACUGCGUACUAUCAGAACAGCUAUGAGAGCCAGCCCUAUGGCUCGUCCUACAGCAUGCCCUUCACCUACAGUACUGUAGCUCCACAGACUGGCAAGCCAAGUGGCCGAGCAGACAAUGGCUCUGUUCACUACGGGGCCUCUAUUAGUGACCUAACCCCAGUAUCCAUUGAUCUGGUAAAGAAACGCCUGCAGGAUAGGCUCAGCCAAAUGCAUGCAGGCUACAAUGCAAACGCCAAGCGCUACAAACAGAUCGACGAAGACCUAGCUGCCUCCGAGAGCACCAUACAGCAGCUGGAGGGCUCAUCCAAUGACAAUGCAGAUCAAUAUAAAUUCUUGCAAGAGAUGCGAGGGUAUGUUGGAGACUUGCUUGAGUGUUUCAGUGAAAAGGUGCCUGCUGUCCUGGAGCUGGAGGCUGCCAUGCACCAGUUACUAAGGCAACGGGCUUCACGACUUGUCCAGAGAAGACAGGAUGAUAUUAAAGAUGAAUCGUCGGAGUUUGCAAGCCUUUCAAAUAAAGCUGUCAUGGCUCCUAAUCUAGACUCAUUUGGUCGAGACCGUGCAGCGUACCAAGAGCAUAGUCGUCAGAGGAGGAUAGCAGAAAGAGAGGCACGACGAACUCGACGGCGUCAAGCUAGGGAGCAGAACGGAAAGAGGGCUGAGCAUAAAGAAGGCUUAUCAUCUGAUGAUGAGGAGACCUCUACUGACAUCACCAGCUUCAACAUGGAGAGAGAUCGUAUCAUCAGGGAAUGUAAGAAAGUAUUUGAGGAUGCGGUGGAGGACUUUCACUCUCUUGACUGCAUCAAAUCCCAUUUUGAAGUGUGGAGGAGAGAGUAUGCAGACUGCUACAGAGAUGCUUACAUAGGCCUCUGUCUGCCCAAACUCUUUAACCCCUUAGUCCGUCUGCAGCUGAUUACAUGGAACCCUCUUGAGGCACAGUGUGCAAACUUUGAGUACAUGCUCUGGUUUGAGUCGCUGCUGUUUUACGGCUUUGAGGAGCACAGCACGUUGCAGAGAGGAGAUGGGGAUAUCGGUUUGCUGCCUGCUAUUGUGGAGAAGGUCAUCAUUUCCAAACUGACAGAAUUGGCAGAGCAAAUGUGGGAUCCGCUGUCGAGCAGUCAGACAGCAAGGCUAGUGGGCUUCAUUCACAGACUAAUGAAAGGUUACCCCACGGUGCUGCACGGAGACAACCAAUACACACAGGAGCUUCUGAAAACAGUCGUCUUACGGACCAGGCGGACUCUGGAUGAAGAUGUCUUCCUGCCACUCUACCCCAAAAAUGUGUUGGAGAAUAAAAAUUGCGGGCCUUACUUGUUCUAUCAGAGGCAAUUCUGGUCCUGUGUCAAGCUGCUGGGCAACAUCCUGCAGUGGGACGGUAUCUUAUCCACUUCCUGCCUAAGAGACCUGGCUUUAGACAGCACUCUCAAUAGAUACAUCCUCUCUGCGCUGCAGACCACAGAUACUAAUGAGGAGAAUGUUCAGAAGUGCCAGAAGGUGGUCGAGUGUUUGCCGGUGCAGUGGUUCUCUGGGCUUAAGGGCCAGCAGACGUUGCCUCAGUUGGAGCCACUCUGUCGCUACCUCACCCAUCUGGCCAGCUUAUUGCACCGUAGCAGCUUGGGCACGGGUGAUAUCGAACGACGCACGGCCAAGGAGCUAGUAAAAGAGGUUGUGAAGAUGUUGGGCCACAUGAAUGCCCUGGACUACAUCAUCACUGUGGCAGCAGAGCAUGGCAUUAAAGACAUGAAGCCUCUUUUGGAAGCCAAGUCCUAGACAUGACAUCAACAACUUUUCAUUCAACUUUGUUGUGUUCAGCACAUUUGAAGCUAUGGGAUCACAAGAAGGAUUCCAGGAAAAUGUGUGCAUUAUCUAAAAUUGAACAAUUGUUACAUUGACUCAAAAGAAAAGGUUAAAAAAAAACAACCUUAAUGUAAAUAUUGUGAAUAAUGUAUAGAACAAUGUUCUCACACUCCUCAUCAGCACAAGACUGAUGAUGAAAUUGGCCUUGUGUUGUCAGCUCCAAAAUAUUACUGCUACAUGCUGGCAAUAUUUUAAUUACAUAAUUUAUUAGGAAUUAACAUUUGCUGACAUGGAUUACUGACCUGUUUGGAAAACAUCUCAUCUCUGAAUUUGACACUUGUCUGUAAAAAAUGCUUAACCACAACUUUUUUUCUCACAUCCUCCUCUUUUCUGUUAUGUGCCAAAAUAAUUUUCUCACAGCCCACAAAAGUAGAAAUUGCACACUGGCAAAGAGUCUGUGAACCACUUAAUAAUGGUCAUUGUAUUUCGAUCCCCACUUCAUUUUGCAGAUUGUCACCCUUGGACUGCCCUUAUGACUAUACCAGAGCUGACUGCUUUGUAUUCCUAUUUGUAAGAAUUUUGUUUUAGCAUUUUAUUUGCCUGUGAAUAAAAUAGAAA